UCUAAUUUAAAAUAACAUAUUAUGUUGAGUGUCUCUGAUUAAAAUAACAGAUUUUAUUAAUUUUUAUAUUUACUAGAACCAUAACUUAAGGCAAUAUAUUUGAUGAUAAAACAUUUGCUCGAUUUUAAUUAUCUAAAUCAUAAAGAUGCUUUACUUAGAAGAUUAUUUGGAGAACAUUGAACACUUACCUCAAGAAAUGAGAAAUCGUUUUACUGAAAUGAGAGAAAUGGAUUUACAAGUUGAAAAUUCAAUGGACUGUAUUAAAAAAAAUAUAGAAACGUUGUUUUCAAAGGCAGAUAAUAUGAAUCCAGAUGAAUUAAGUACAAAUUUUAAAGCAAUUUUAAAAGAAGGAGAGAAAUCUGUUGAGCAGUCUGAAGAAAAAGUUCAGUUAGCUAACCAUAUGCAUGAACUUAUGACUAAAUACAUGAGACGUUUAGAUCAUGAAUUGCAUAAAUUUAAAAUGGAAUUAGAGGCUGAUAAUAGUGGAAUAACUGGUCUUAUUGAAAAAAGAAGUUUAGAUUCUGAACAAAAUAGUGUUUCUAAUCAAAAAGAAAACAAAUUUCAACUUAACAGAUGUCUUUUUGGAGAAAAACAAGAAAUGCAUAAUAAUGUAAGUAACUCAAAACAAAAAUCUACAUCUAUAACAUCAAACUCUGCUAGUAGCGGAGAUGUUGCUUCACCAUCUAAUCGUGAUACUAGUCCAGCAAACUCAAGAAUCGUGUCUAGUUCUUUAGCUUACACUCUGGGGCAUAUGGGCGCUGGUAGUCCAGCAAUAGCUGCUGCAGCUUCUCAAGCUAUUGUAGCUACUCAACAGUUAUCACAGGGACGUAGAACAGCUAGUUUAAAAGCAUCUUUAGAAGCAAUAAAUUCUGGCGCACCUUUAACAGGACAAAUAACUUCUUCGCCGAAUGUCUUGUCUUCUGAAUUACACAUAGGUAAAGAAUUAGCUGGUGUUGCUCAUUUAGUUAACCCUAAUAUAGAUGGAACAAGAAAACAUAGAAGACGAGGUGGAGCACAACAUUUAUCAAAUGAAGAAGACCCAGAUGAACCAAUUGAUCCAAAUGAACCUCGUUAUUGUAUAUGUAAUCAAGUUGCAUAUGGGACAAUGGUUGCUUGCGACAAUAAAGGAUGCCCUUAUGAAUGGUAUCACUGUGAAUGUGUUGGAAUUACAGAUCCACCUAAAGGUAAAUGGUAUUGUCCACAAUGUAUUACUUCAAUGAAAAGUAGAAGAUCACGUAAAACAACAUGAGCUAUUUAUAAAUCAAUACUAAUCCUAAUUUAACUCUAAAGUAACAUCUGUUAAUGCUUAUAUUAAAAAAAUUGUAUCCAAUGUAAUUUUUUUUUAUGUACAUUUAAA